UAGUGUCGCCCCCUGUCAGAUCUCUGUGUCAUCGCACAUGUAUGUUUUGUAGUUGUUUAGCUAGAUGGCGCACCCCCCUUUUGUCAUGUGACGAGCUUGUACCAAUCGGGAGGUGUCAUCUAGCAUGUGAAGCCUUUAUAAGAAUAAACAGCCGCGGGUCGGCGGAGUCUUCGUUCCGGUUUUCAGCGGGAGCAGUUAGCUCCGUGUCUCCUUCACUGCGCCGGCGCUAGCCGCGCGUUCGCCCGUCGGGGCCCCCCGCUUGCCUGCCGCUGCCGACACAACAUCUUUUGGCGACGAGGGUGGGACUCCCGCAGCGGUUCCGACCGAAGCCCCGGGAAACCAACGAGCUUCGCCCACCUCGAAGCGGCCGGCGGUGGCGACUGGACGGACGCGCGACGAGCGUCCGCGCUCGUCAGCGCUCUCGGGCGUGAGGGACAACGGAAGUACUUCGCAGACGAGGAGCAGGAAGCAGCAAGGCAGUUAACCAGCGCAGCGUCAGCUUCAAGCGAAGCAGCAAGGCAGUCGACCGGCGCAGCGUCAACGUCAAGUGAUGCGGUCCCGCCAGCGUCAGUUUCCGAGACUCAUGGAGCGGCUUGACCGGCUGUUCGCCGCGUCAACAAAUGUCCUGGCGGAACGGCACGAAUUCACCAGUCGAAAGCAGUUCGAGGGAGAGGGAUUCCUGGAAUUCGUGACCGCAUUGAAGGAGAAGGCGGUACAGUGCAACUUCGGCACAGCCUACAACGAGCGCGUCCGAGACCAGAUAAUACAGGGCGUAGCGAACGUCAGCGUUCGCGAAAAGUUGCUGGCUCAUGACGAAACCCUGUCCCUGGACAAGGCAGAAGAAAUUGGACGCUCGUUAGAAGCCUUGCAUCGAGCGAACCGCGCGUUCGGCUCCGAAAAUGUUCGAAGAAUUGAAGCAUCCCAGCUUGGCGUUCCGUCGACGGGUCAAGAUGGCCGACUUCUUCCGGGGAGCCGCCAAGAUGGCCGACGUAGUCCGGGAGGCCAUGAAGAUGGCCGACUUCUUCCGGGAAGCCGCCAAGAGGGCCGACUUCUUCCGGGAAGCCGCCAAGAUGGCCGACGUAGUCCGGGAGGCCAUCAAGAUGGCCGACUUCUUCCGGGAAGCCGCCAAGAGGGCCGACUUCUUCCGGGAAGCCGCCAAGAGGGCCGACUUCUUCCGAGAAGCCGCCGAGACCACGGCCUUCUUCCGAGAGGCCGCCGAGACCACGGCCUUCUUCCGAGAGGCCGCCGAGACCACGGCCUUCUUCCGAGAGGCCGCCGAGACCACGACCUUCUUCCGAGAGGCCGCCGAGACCACGACCUUCUUCCGAGAGGCCGCCGAGACGACGGACAUUUCGCACAUGGCUCCUCCGGGAACCGUGGUGCAUGCGACCGGUGUGGCAGCGCGAAGCAUAUUGCAACGUACAGGAAUUGUCCAGCAAGGAACCGGCGGUGCAACGCCUGCCACACGUUGGGCCAUUUUGCAUCAGUUUGCCGAAAAACCCGUACUGUUCAACACGUCUCUUCCGCAGAGACGCUGUCUUCGACUUCCGCAGGGCAGCCGUCCGCGUCUGUCUUGACGGUAAGCGCUUUUGAAACUAAAAAAGAUUUGGAAGUUCCAGUCGUAGUGAACGGCGUCUCCAUGCAACUGCCGGUGGAUACAGGAGCGUCUGUCUCAUUGAUGACGGCCGAGGAUUUUGGAAAGCACUUUGGUCGACAGCACAGACUGUCAAAAACAGCAGUGGACUUGAAAAAUUUCUCCAAGCAACGCAUCGACAUUCAAGGCCUGUUUCAAGCCACUGUCCAGUUUUUCCAAAGGUCAUGCUCCUUCACGUUCCACGUAACGACUACAGGAACAUCGCUGCUGGGUUUAGACGCCAUCCAACGCUUGGGCAUACAGAUCGACGGCACGUCGCUGACAUGUCUACCAUCGCUUCCUUCAGUACAGAGCCCCACAGGUGUGCCUCCGGGUUUUGAUCACCUUUCCAGUGACGAGUUGGGCCUCGUCAACAACUUUGUGCACCGAAUUCAUCGGCAGCAAGAUGCGAAACCAGUAUCUUCAAAGUUGCGCCGACAACCCCUGGCUCUCCGUGACCAGGUAACAAAUGAAUUGCGACGUCUCGAGGACAGCGACAUCGAGCGCGUCGAGGCUUCAGAGUGGGUGUCUCCGCUCAUGGUGGUGCGCAAGAAGGAUGGAACCAUGCGGCUCUGUGUAGAUCUACGGGAACAGGACAGUCUUGUGUCUCCAGUUCAAGAAAAGGUCUUGCAGAAACAGUCUCAGACUAAAAAGUACGUAGACAAACGUAGAGGUGCUCAGGCAACUCGUAUCAAGGUGGGAGACACCGUCAGAAUAAGAUUUAACAGGAAAGGAUUUUUUAAGUACAGUAAACCUCGUAAAGUCAAGGCCCAGAUAGGACCAUCUACUUUUCUACUCGGUGAUGGGCAAACGUGGCAUGUGUCUAAGUUAACCGUAGCGAUGAAGGUUCCAGCAGGUAGUACAUUGUGUACAAGUAAUAGGGACUUUUUGUACUCAUAUUCAAACUUGGAUAGUCAUUCCGAUGACUCGUCUGUAGCGACAUCGUCCUUUCAUAGGCAUCAGUUAAGUUGCGCGUCUGACUGUAUCACUUCAGAGUCUACACAGUCAGCAGUCGUCUCAGAUUCCGUUGGGGAAUCGGUAGCAUCCCAGGACUUGUUGGGACGUCGAGAGGAGCUUCCUGGGCAACCCUCUCCAGCUUUGAGCGACAACCACAUUGAGUUUUCCAACCAGGGGGAGGUAAAUAAUAGUGGGACGACUGGGUCUUUAAAGUCGACCGAUACGUGUCGCAACCCCCAAAGUUCUUCUGAGGUACGCACGCGUCCUCAUCGUGACAGAAAACGGCCUCCGUGGCUCGAUGAUUUUGUUUAUGUAGUGUAGAACGUAUUUCCGUCUUCAAAAUGCCACGGCUAGGGGCCUUGUUGAGACAGUCCACAUGUUUCAUUAACACAGGUAUAAAAAGUGCUCCUUGUUGCGGUGCAGUGAGUUUUGUGAAGUGUUCCUUGUCAGACUUUGAGUGACUGCCCGUGUUUUGGUGCCCAAGACUGGUGCACGUGUAUGUGAACUUGGGCAGGGACGGACUGAAAUUGUUGUGGACUUAAGUGCGUGCUUUGUGUGCGACUGGUGCGCGUGUGCGAACGUGGGGGGGAAUGAGCUGAAAUUGCCUUUGGACUUAAAUGCGCGUCUUGUGUGCGCGUUUCACUGUAUGCUUGCUUUGUUUCCAGGGGGGGAUGAUGUAGUAUAGUGUCGCCCCCUGUCAGAUCUCUGUGUCAUCGCACAUGUAUGUUUUGUAGUUGUUUAGCUAGAUGGCGCACCCCCCUUUUGUCAUGUGACGAGCUUGUACCAAUCGGGAGGUGUCAUCUAGCAUGUGAAGCCUUUAUAAGAAUAAACAGCCGCGGGUCGGCGGAGUCUUCGUUCCGGUUUUCA